AUGAUGAUGAUGCAAGACAUUAAUGACCAACCAGUGGUACUCCAUGAGGAAGAUUUUGAUAAACCACCACCACAACCAAAACAACAACAAAAUGUAAAUAAAAAAUUAGUAGGAGGCUAUAAAAAACUAUCAAUUGAGGCUGUAGAUAAUAGUAGUCAUAAUGAAGCAUCACUUAAUUAUUCCGAUAGAAGAUUACCUGAAUCACCAUUCAAAGGAAGAUCACCAACACAUAAUAAUUCAGUAUCAUUUCAAAAUAAUAAUACAUCAAUAAUAUCAACAUUAAUUAAUAAUGAUUUAUCUGAUAAACAUGUAAAAUUAAUAAGAAGAACACCCUAUCAUAUUAGACAUGGAAUCAGAUCAUCAAAACAACGUAGAAGAUACUUUAUUAGAAAUAUUGAAUUUCAUCCACUGAUGGCUUUUAUUAGUGCAGCCAUUGAAAUUCAAAGAUGUAUAAAAGGAUAUUUAACGAGGAGAGGAUUUUAUAUAAGAAGAAUUAAUGAAUUAAAAGCCUUAAAGAAAGUAAAAGAAGAUGAAAAAUUCAGACAAUAUUCAACUUUAUAUGAAGUUGCAACAAAGGCUUUAAUAACACCCAUUGCUAAAAAGAAUGAAGAAAAUUUAUCAACAUUUUUAAAUUCAUAUAUGGGAGUAAUUCAAGCUAAAUUUCAUCAAUUAUUAACAGUUUGGAGAUAUGGAAAUGAUGAAUAUUUAAGAAAUAGAUUAGCACAUAUUGCAUCAUCUGUUAUUCAAUCAAGAUAUAAAUUAUAUAGAAGAAGAUUAUAUGAUAAAACAGGAUCUAAGGAUAUCUUUUUUAAAAAGUACAAGAUGUAUUUCUAUGAUAAGAAAUGUCAUGCUGCUUUUAUUAUUCAAAAAUGGUGGAGAAAUACUAUUAACAAACAAAUAUUUCAAUUUUACAAACAAUUAAUUAUAUUUAAAGAAAGAACACAUCCAUAUGAUAUAUUAAGAGCUAUAAAUCCAUCUGAAUCUCAAUUAAUUGAUCCAAGUAUUGGUGCUUUUAUUAGAUUUAGAUUGGGUGGUAAAUCAUUUCCACCAAUUGUUUUUUAUAAGGUUUUCUUAAAAAAACCAAUCAUUGAUAUUAAUUCAUUCGCUCCAAGAAAUUAUUCAGGUGAAAGAAAACAAUUGGAUUUAAUUUCAACUUUAACCUCAAAUAAUUUAAAUAAUAAUAAUAUUAAUUUAAAUAAUAAUGGAAAUAUUGUAAAAACAAUGACAUUUUCAAACCAUAGAGAUGUUUUGGCAACAAAUUGGGAAUUUCAAGAUUGGUAUCAAAGAGAAGAGAGAAAUUCAUGGAGACCAGUUUCAACUAAUUUACUCGUUCAUGAAGAUAUUCUAGAUGAUCCUGUAUUUAGUAAUAAUUGUUUUAAAUUUAUUCUAGAUAGAGCUAAGAAGGAGGCAAAGCAUUUGAGGAAGAGAAAUCCAAAUCUUCAUUUCACUUCUGGAACCACUUCAAAAGUACUACAAGUUGCCAGAGAUGAUAAAGAAGUAAUUGAUUCAUUACUACCAUAUCAUUAUUUACCAUGGAAGAGAAAGGAAAAUAAUCAAAGAAAGAAGAGAAAAAAGAGAUUGGAAUGGCUUAUUAAAAUGAAAAAGGCUGAAUUAUUAAAUAAGCCAUAUCCUAAAGUGAUGGAAGAUGAAGAUAAUGUAUCAACUACAACAACAGGUACAACAACAGAUCGUGGAUUGAAAAGUAAAAAGGGUUCAGAUAGUGAAAAUGAAGAAGAGAAAUCACCACCAGUACCAAUGGUUAGAACAGUGAAUAGUGAUUUGAGAGCACUUGCUUUGACCAUUAAGGAAAAGGAUUUAUUAGCAGAAUUAGAAGAAAUUGAAUUAUUUGGAGAUGUUGCAGUAGUUGAGGAUGAAAUGGAUGAUUUAUUGAAAUGGUGUGAUGAUUUGGAUUAUUAUAAAUAUGUUGAGGAUUGGCAAUUAUUAGCAACAACAUUGCCAUCAGAUAAACCACGUCGACCAAAGAAACCAACCUAUAAGAUUGAAUUGGAUAGUUCAGAAUUUAAGAAGGAAUUGAAAGAUAUUCAAAAGAAGAGAGAAGAAUUAGCAAAACAAGAAAUUCAAAGUACAAUACCACAACGUUUAACAAAAACACCAGAUUCAGAAUAUACAACCAUUACAACAUUAACAUCAUAUAUACCUGUUGGAGAUUUAAAAUAUUAA